GCCACCGACUCAUUUUGAGAAAAAUUGGUGACCAAGCUUGGGAUUUUCUCUUUCUUUUCUUGUUCUUGAACCCAGAAAUCCCCCCCCCCUCUGCUGGAAAUUCCAGAUCUGCUCUGUUCCGUCCCCUGCAGCCGACCGAAGCUCCCUAGCCACCGCCAUCCAUUUCCGGCCGGGAACACCGACAAAGCUUGGGGUUUCUCCUUCUUUUCUUGCUCUAGAACACAAAUUGAACCCAGAAAUUCUCCCCCCCUGCUGGAAAAUCCGGAUCUGCUUUGCUCUGUCCGCCGGCUGCUCUUGUUGUGGGGGCAAAUUGCUUGGGUUUUGGAUUUCCCGUGAGCCCGUGAGCUUUCUUUUUCUAUGCCGCCGGCCUUCCCCCUAUCUGCAGCUCCGGUUUUAGCUGGAGAAUUAUGGUUCCCGAUUGUUCUGUCAGUUAGCACUGAGAUUGAGUGCUCGGUUUUAUGCGAGUGAGGUAUGUAAAUCAUGGUAAAGCCCUCCAAUUUUAAAGCAUGUUUUAAACUGUUUUUGAGAUGGUGGCAAGGUUUAAAUUGAUUUUAAAUUGAUUUUAUCAGCAUCUGAAUGUGAUUAAACUGAAAUGGAAAUUGUGAUGGUUUUUAUGAGAAUUUCAUUGUUUUCUAGAAGUGAGCAUGAUUGGAAUGAAAAAGUGAGAAUUUCAUUGUUUUUCUGGAGUUAUUGUGCCGAGCAUGAUUGGUUUGAAAUUGAGUGGAGCAUGCCUAUUUGGAACUGACUGAACUGUUUUGAUUAACUGAGAGUUUUGUAAAUUAUGAUUUUUUGUUAAAUCCAUGCCCACAUGGAAUGUUCUGGUUAUUUCUGAAAUUAUGGAUUUCGAUCGUGAAUUUGGGACUUCGAUUGUGAAUUACGGAUUUUGAUUGUGAAUCCUGCAUGGUUUUGUCUAUGAUAUAGUCAUGAUUUCCGAUCCCCGCUAGUGGGUGUGUAGCACAUCCGAUCCCCGCUAGUGGGUGUAACGCUAGCACUUCCGAUCCCCGCUAGUGGGUGUGUAGCACAUCCGAUCCCCGCUAGUGGGUGUAACGCUAGCACUUCCGAUCCCCACUAGUGGGUGUAACGCUAGCACAUGUUGACAUGUUUACUGAUAUGACCGGUUCAUUCUGAUGCCUGCCUCUGGGCGAAUACAUUGGCAAAUUUCUGUCGCCUGCCAGUGGGUUGUUAUAACACUGGCCAUGACUUAUAGAUGAGACUACUGAUGAGAUUUAUUCUG